AUGCCGGCUGAAUAUCGGCCUUUCAAGUCGGGCACGACAUUUACACCGCAUGCCGCCGGCCUGGAAUUCAACCUACUACAAUCCCGUCAUCCCUGGCUUCCACCCCGACCCAGUUGCAUAUUCGUUCCUGAGGAGGACAACACGUUCUUCUGCGCGUCGAGCAGCUUCAAUGCGUUUCCCGGUAUCCCGAUACAUGCCAGCAAAGACUUGAUCAACUGGCGGCUCGUCAGCAAUGCUCUCAACCGUCCCGAGCAGUUGCCAACCCUUGCCAUUACGAACAAGUCCACCAGCGGGAUAUGGGGUUCCACGGUCCGCUACCGCGAAGGCACGUUCUAUGUGCUCACGACGCUCGUCUUUGACGACCAGCCUGAAACGAACUCCUCGCGCUGGGACAACAUGAUCUUCACCUCCAGGAAUCCGUAUUCAUCCGCGUCCUGGUCGCAGCCCGUGCACUUCAACUUCACUGGAUACGACAUCUCGCCGUUCUGGGACUCUGACAGCACCGUCCACGUCACGGGUUCGCACCCUUGGGAAGUUACUCCCGGAAUCACGCAGACGACACUCGACCUCGCCACGGGCGAGGUCGGCGCAAGCUACCAGUACAUCUGGAACGGCACAGGCGGCGAGGCGCCCGAGGGCCCGCACAUCUACUGGCGUGAUGGGUACUACUACCUGAUGAUCGCGGAGGGCGGGACGGGCCUGAACCACAUGGAGACAAUCGCGCGGGCACGCGAGGUGGGCGGGCCAUAUGAGUCCAACCCGGCGAACCCGAUCCUGACGAACGCCAAUACGAGCGAGUACUUCCAGACGGUCGGCCAUGCAGACUUGUUCCAGGACGCGGAGGGGAACUGGUGGGGCGUCGCGCUGUCUACACGAUCUGGGCCCGACUACACCGUGUUUCCGAUGGGACGCGAGACGGUGCUGUACCCGGUUACGUGGGAGGAGGGCGAGUGGCCUGUGCUGCAGCCUGUGCAGGGAGAGAUGAGCGGUUGGCAUCUACCGAAGACGAACUUCGACGUGCCUGGAGAAGGACCGUUCGCUGACUCACCAGACUAUCUCACCUUCUCGCCUGGAUCCCUUUUGCCCAUCCAUCUUGUGCACUGGCGGCUGCCCAUCAAUACUUCGUACACCAUCUCACCACCCGGUCAUCCCAAUACACUCCGCCUUCUGCCCUCGAAGCUUAACCUGACUGCUUAUGAUGGAAAUUACGCUGGCCCCGAGGGUCAAACCCUACUCGCUCGAAGACAGAUGGACACGCUGUUCGCGUACAGCGUCAACAUGGACUUCGCACCAUCCCUUGAGGAAGAGGAAGCUGGUGUGACGGUCUUCCUGACACAGAAUCACCAUAUCGAUCUUGGCACAGUGCUCCUGCCUUACACAAACACAAGUACGAACAUAACAGCGCUCACCCCAUGCUUCCGGUUCCGCUCCUUGUCCUAUAUCGGUGUACUGCCUACCACGGUGACUCCCGUACCCAGUGCAUGGCUCGGCCGAACGCUGCAUUGGGAGAUCAAGGCAUCCAACCUUACGCACUACAGCUUCGCAGCGGGUCCUGCGGACGCCCGCUCGCAGAUGCAGACGAUUGGCUAUGGGCUCGCGGCGGAUGUCAGUUGGGGCUUCACGGGGACGCUGCUUGGCAUAUACGCGACGAGCAAUGGGGGUGAGGGGACUACGCCUGCUUACUUCUCGGAAUGGACCUACGUGGGGCAAGAAUCGGCAGCUGUGUCCCGCCGGGAUUUCAAACACCUUUUGGUUUCGCUCGCCCUCGACACUGCCGACUGUGCCGAUCUUGACGGGAACAGACACACUCCGCCUGUGUUCGCUUUUUGGAAUGGGGGUCCAGUGGAACUACGAUGUAUGGAUGAAGGGUUUCGCGGGAAUACUGGCGAGUCGACGUCGAAACGUCCUGCUGCUGGGUCAAGUCGCAGAAAGUUCGAACACCAGUUUGGCCAGUCACACGAACACGGAACGCAUGACCCUACUGCGAACACCCGGUGCUUCCGCUUCUGCUCCGCGUCCUACAUCGCCGUACUGUCACCGUAUGCGACAGUGACGCCCAUCCCUACUACUCUCAAGAUGUAUCUCAAUUUCACGGAUUCUAUGGGUGGGACAGUCAAAUGA